AUGAAAAGAGACUUGGCCAAGAAAUUGAUCGAACGUUAUUUCUAUCUGAUCACAGAAGGUUGUGGCAACGGCGAAUGUGUAAAUGAUUACUGUGCAUCCAGCAAAAGGUGUACUAAUGUGGUGUCAGCUAAUGAUGCAGCAGCUAUUGCUAUUCAAUUAUUUCGCCUAGAUGCAAGACUGUGUGAUCAGCAUCCCAUGAAAGUAGCAAGAACCACUAAUAACCCAUCAGUGUCUGGAAAUACUUUACAUGAUGCCAAUACAUCAUUAGCUUGCUGUAGCAACAACCAAGAUAAUCUGCGUUUAUCACAUGAUGCUUGUGUGCAAACAAACCAUCCAUAUGCCCAGAUUACUCAAACCACUAGUACUUGUUCUCAAACAAAGGGUGGCAGUAGUUCAUCUUCGUUUAAAAUAGUCAGUGCCGAACCUAUGGCCAAAGAACACAAUCAAUUCAUUGCACCAAUUGUUGAUUCCAUGGCACAACAAGAAGAAGAUACAUCUGCUCAAGUUUCUAAAGAAGAAGUCAAUGAAGAUGUGUCGAAAGAUGUUGAUGAUCAUGUAAAUCCUUGUGAACAAAAUGGUGCUACAAAUCAUUCAACUAACAAGGAUAUUUUGGAUCGCUUGGAUGUUGCUUCAUUGAGUAUACCAGAUUGUAUUAUGAACGAUGUAGAAGAUAUAAACUUAGCCUUUAUGGAAACUAUGAAAAAAACUUUAAAACAUAUUGCCUCUUUUCAAAAUGGUAUUAAAUAUUUGAACGAAACCAAUUUAAUCGAACUAACGAGCCAUUUAAAAGGACCUGAUCCAUGUAAAGAUAAUAAUGAGUUGCUAUCUGCUCUGUACCAAGUAUUUUCAACACCAGAAGCAUUGGGUAAUAGUUUUAUAAAACGAUCACCAGAACGCAAAAAAGACUUGCUUAAAUUUCAUAAUCAUGCUAAGACUUCAUCCCCCAGUAUGUCCAAAGAAAAAAUACGUGAAAUGGAAAUUGAAAAAGAAUUGGAUGAUAACUCAAUGGAUGAAGAUGACGAGGUAGAAGGAGACGAAGAUUACGGCGAGAAACAAUUAGAUGUAGCGGGGUUAGCACGAGCAUAUAAAAAAAUGAGUUCCCUCAAUAAUGAUGAGUUUUAUAAAGAUGUUCUAUGUUUAGCUAUUAGUUCCUUAUGUGCAAAAAUUACUGUGGAAUUACAUUUUUUCAAGUCAAAAUCAUUUCCAAUCAGUGACAAAUAUUUAGAGGAUGUGUUACAUUCGCUUAAAAUCAUCUAUGAAAUGCCAUGGUUAGAUGACUUAGCAUUUGUAGGGCGUAUAAUCCCUAGGCUUGUAGCAGCUACAUGUGUGCUCCCAGUGGCUGAACAAGCAAAACUUGCAAGAUUCUGGAGUGAAAUGUCUUCCGAAAACACGCUGCGACGUAUAUUACACUGCCUCCAAGAAGCUAUAACGUUCCAACUAAUAUCUACUGAAUAUGAUGCAACUUUCCAAGAUGAGACUGCUGUUGUAUUUGCUACAAAAACCAUGAAGAUUUUAUACUAUGCGAGUAUUAUGGCCGGUGAAUGUGAUAGAAAUGUUGAUAAAGAAGAUACUAAACAGCCUGAACAAAUAGAGAAAAAACCCGAAAAUGUAAGGGAUGAAAAUUUACUUGAAGAUAUCCUUAUUAAUUCUCAUCCAAAGAGUAAAAUCAACAAAACCGAUCCAUUAGCUGACAUGUUAAAUAUAAAUAUUUUGGCCUGUCGUGCCCCUUUAAUUCCUAUAUCCAAAUUUUACAACGAGUUGUUGAGUGAUGCGCUAGAAAUGGAUGAUGAUUACCAAACUUGGAGAGAAAAUGGCAAUGAAAAAUUUUCAUAUAUGUCCCAUUCAUUUGUACUUACCCCAGCCACUAAAACUCUAGGGCUGUAUUAUGAUAAUCGAAUACGUAUGUAUGAAAAUAGACGUUUCUGUCUUAUACAAACGUUAAUAGGUCAGCCAACUCAUCCUUACCUCAAACUUAAAGUAAGAAGGGAACACGUUGUCCAGGACGCUCUAGUUGAACUUGAAAUGGUAGCCAUGCAAAAUCCGUCAGAUCUCAAAAAACAAUUGGCGGUUGAAUUUGACGGUGAACAAGGUGUCGAUGAGGGUGGAGUCUCUAAAGAAUUCUUCCAUCUCAUUGUCGAGGAAUUAUUUAACCCAGACUAUGGCAUGUUUGUGAUUAUGAACUCUGAUAGUGGAAACCCUACUUAUUGGUUUAAUUCGUUUUCGUUUGAAACUGCUGCCCAAUAUUCAUUGAUUGGUCUCGUAGUCGGAUUAGCAAUUUACAACAAUGUCAUAUUAAAUAUUAAUUUACCAAUGGUUGUGUAUCGAAAGUUACUAGGAAAACGGUGUACAUUCAACGAUCUCCAAGAUUGGAAUCAGGAAUUGUACAAUGGUUUAAAGAAUUUGUUGGAUUACGAAGAAGAUGACAUUGAAGAAAUGUUUAUGCAGACAUUUAGAAUAUGUUACAAAGAUGCGUUUGGUGAAAUAGUAUAUCAUGAUCUCAUAGACAAUGGAGAUAAUAUUACUGUAAACCAUAUAAAUAAAAGAGAAUUUGUGGAUAAAUAUGCUGACUUCUUACUAAACGAAUCAAUUGGAGUACAGUUCAAUGCAUUCUACCGAGGAUUCCAAAAUGUUAUGGAAGAAUCUCCAUUACAAUACUUAUUUUGGCCUGAAGAACUUGAACAGAUAGUGUGUGGCAGUAAAGUAUUUGACAUGUCAGAGUUAGAAGAAACUACACUUUAUGAAGGAGGAUAUCACAAAGAAACACAAGUUAUCAAAAAUUUCUGGGAUUUUGCCCAUGCACUACCUAGAGUCUCUCAGCAGAAGUUACUACAAUUCACGACGGGAAGUGAUAGAGUUCCUGUUGGUGGCCUUGGAAAAUUAAAAUUGACCAUCACGAGGAAUGGUUCAGAUUCUGACAGGCUGCCUACCGCACAUACCUGUUUCAACGUCUUAUUGCUACCUGAAUACAGCAGUAAAGAGAAACUCGAUGAGCGACUUUCAAAAGCUAUCAAUUAUGCUGAAGGGUUUGGCAUGAUAUAA